UUUUUUUUUUUUUUUGAAACAAAUCAGGAUUUUGUUCACGAACGUAGGCCUAACUGUGCUUCGGGGAAUAAGGAGUUAAAAGUGACGUAUUUUGCACAUUUCGGAGGCAGAGUAGCGGUCCUCUACACUUCCUUGGUUUACCAACACAAGACCCUUGCUAGACAAGAACAGAGUACCAUGUCCUUCCUGCUGUUUGAGGGGAAACACCAUGCCUCCAUCUACCAGAAGUACCGCAUCGCACCCCCGCAGAAGGUCACAGACAUUGUCCUAAACUACCUGAACCAGAAGAAAGGAAAGCCCCAUAUGCUAGCUGUGGACCUGGGCUGUGGGACAGGCCAGAACUCCCGCCUGCUAGCGCCUCACUUCCAGGAAGUAGUGGGCAUUGAUGUCAGCGAAUCACAGUUGGAGGAAGCCAGGGCAGUGUCAGGGUACCCCAAUAUCACCUACAGGAAGGGUACCGCUGAGGAGCUCCCGUUUCCAGAUAGUUCCGUGGACCUACUUACUGCCGCCUCAGCGGCCCACUGGUUUGACCAGGCCCGGUUCCUGGUGGAAGCAGCUCGGGUCCUGAAGCCAGGUGGGUGCAUGGCUCUACUGGGAUACACUGACAGCUUCAGCCUCCGUUAUGGCUCCUGUGACGACAGACUCAACCUUAUCCAUGCAGAGUUCAAGAAGUCCCUGUUGCCUUACACCAGUACCAGGGUGGCUGUGGCCGAUAGUAAACUGCAGGACCUCUACGCCGCUAUUCCCUUUCCAGAGAAAGAGAGAGUUGAUUGUGUACAGGUGAGCCAGCCCAUCUCAGUGAGGGCCCUGGUGGGCUUUCUAGAGUCCUUCUCCAUGUACCAGGCCUACAGCAGGGCAGAGCCACAGGCUGCCAGCUCACUGCUGCUCGACACACAGAACAGGCUCCUGAAAGAAAUGGGCGUCACUUCACCUGACACUGAGAUGGAGAUACACCUGGGAUAUUUCUGUGUCCUGGCAUCCAAACCCAAGUGAACAUAGUCUGUGUUGCCAUCGCCAAAUCAACUACCACACCUUAUUCAAUAACUAGUAAACACUGCAGUCCUAAUGCUUCUUGCUUCUGUGUAGUACCCUCUCUGUUUUUUAAUAAAUCUUGUGUCUUGUUUUGAUGAAUAAAGCUAACCA